AUGUCAACCAUUCUUGGCGUCACAGUGCUGGCAUUUAUCAACUCGUACAUGGUGCUUGUCUUCUUCAAAACCAUUUUCUUGGUGCUCGUCAUCGGGGUAAUCCACGCUUUGGUGCUUCUUCCGAUUGUGUUGGCUGUCACCACUCCGUACGUAGAACGGCUGAAUUCACGACUUCAGCGGCGGUCUGACGAGAAAAAGACGAAGGUGGCGACGACUGCUUCCAAAGGCAGUGUCUAUGCUAUCACAGUACCAGUUAACGUCUCCUGA